CGGCUGUGUGGUGGCAGGCAGGCAGAGGACACGCUCAGAUCCAGCAGUAAUCACCAUCGUCCCUCACACUGCCAUGGUGUCUCCGACCUGAAAAAAGAGAGACCGACUGCAGCGCUUCCUAUUUUCUACCGGGAGUGAAACUUUAAAGCCUGAAAACGAGCCAUGCUGCUGGACGCCACAACCCCGCAGAUAUAAGCGACAGUGAAGAGCAGAAAGUAGCUACCACCACCCGAAACCACAAAGAAGAAGAAGAAGGAGAAGAAGGAGAAGAAGCGGUCGGUGCUAAUUCUUCUUUCUUUCUUUUUUUCACGCUCGGAGGGAAAGACGGCAUCCGGCCUGAGAAGAAGCUCCGAGGUCGGGGACUCCGGGCGGAGCAACGCUCCUCGUUUCUGGCCUCCCCUUCCCGAGAGCUCCAUGGAGAAGAUGAAGCGGUUCAAGAGACGCCUCUCACAGACGCUUCGAGGCAGCCACACCAUCGACGAGUCGCUGUCUGAGCUGGCCGAGCAGAUGACCAUCGAGGAGAACGGCCUGAAGGACAGUGAGCCCAUAGUGAGGAACGGUCGUCCUCCGUCAGCACACAGCGUCCACUCCUUCCUUCACCAGUACACAGGCUCCUUUAAAAAGCCGCCGCUGCGACGACCUCAGAGCGUCAUUGGAGGAGGCCUGGGGUCUCUCAUGGUCAUGCCUCGCAAUGGCAGUCGCCUUGAUAUCGUCCAUGAGAACCUGAAGAUGGGGUCGGAUGGGGAGAGUGACCAGGCGUCGGGAACUUCCUCCGAUGAGGUGCAGUCGCCCACAGGCGUUUGUCUGAGGAACAGAGGGAACAGACGCAUCUCCGCAGAGGACCUGAACAAACGUCUGUCCCUGCCCGCCGACAUCCGGAUACCUGACGGUUACCUGGAGAAACUGCAGCUGAGCAGCCCACCCUUCGACCAACCGCUGAGCCGACGCUCCCGAAGAGCAUCACUGUCAGAAAUUGGAUUUGGGAAGCUGGAGACCUACAUCAAACUGGACAAACUGGGGGAGGGCACGUACGCUACAGUCUUCAAGGGGAGGAGUAAACUGACAGACAACCUUGUGGCACUGAAGGAGAUCAGACUGGAGCACGAGGAGGGGGCACCGUGCACAGCGAUACGAGAAGUGUCGUUACUGAAGGACCUGAAACACGCCAACAUCGUGACGCUGCACGACAUCGUCCACACAGACAAGUCGCUCACACUGGUGUUCGAGUACCUGGACAAAGACCUGAAGCAGUACAUGGACGAUUGUGGGAACAUCCUGAGCAUGCAGAAUGUCAAGAUUUUUCUGUUCCAGAUCCUGCGAGGCUUGGCGUACUGUCACAGACGGAAAGUCCUUCACAGAGACCUGAAGCCUCAAAAUCUGCUCAUCAACGACAGAGGAGAACUCAAACUGGCCGACUUUGGCCUGGCGAGGGCCAAGUCUGUGCCCACUAAAACAUACUCUAACGAGGUGGUAACACUUUGGUAUCGGCCUCCCGACGUGCUGCUCGGCUCCUCUGAGUACUCCACGCAGAUAGACAUGUGGGGUGUGGGCUGUAUAUUCUACGAGAUGGCUGCCGGCAGGCCCCUGUUCCCAGGCUCCACAGUGGAGGACGAGCUGCACCUCAUCUUCAGGCUGCUAGGCACUCCAACAGAAGACAGCUGGCCUGGAAUAUCUUCUAUCGACGAGUUCAAGUCCUACAAGUUUCCCAAAUACAAGGCCCAGCCCCUUAUUAACCACGCACCCAGGUUGGACACUGAUGGCAUUGACCUGCUGAUGUCAUUCCUAAAAUACGAGUCAAAAAAGAGGAUCUCUGCUGAUGAAGCAAUGAGACAGUCGUACUUCAGGAGCCUGGGGCCACGUGUGCACACACUGCCAGAGAACAUAUCCAUAUUCACACUGAAGGAGGUGCAGCUGCAGAGAGAUCCCGGCUACCGGAACUCGUCGUACCCCGAGUCAGGCAACGGAAAGAGCAGAAGACAAAGCAUGCUGUUUUAGACUCUCUGGACUGGGGUCUUUUUUUUUUUUUUGGGAAGGAUCUCCUAGCUGUACGGCCUCGCUGAUGGAUCAGUAACCUGAGAUGGAUGUUGGCGUGGAGCAUCAUCACCACCACCAUCAUAAUCAUCAUCACCCCCACCCCCGACCCCCCCACCCCAAACUACUUGGGAAACUCGUCCACAGUGCGACUCCCUCCCAGGUUUGGCCUGAACCUGGCCCAAAAGAGACAUUUAUAUACUGUACAUCUAUAUUUAUUGAGAGAAUUUGCUGCUAAAUCCAACUACUGUCUAGAAUUCUAACAGGCUCAGUCACUUUAAUAAGAACAUGCAAUGUAUAUAGAUUUUUAAUUAUUUUUUUUCUUGAAGUGGUGGUAUUUUUAGUGAUAUAUUUUUUGUCAUCAUUUCCAUUUUCAUACAUAAAAAGUUCACCUCAGAGCUCCUCGGUGUGAGUGGGUGUGUAAGGCACACCAGCUGACAAACAGAGGGAUGUUUCUGUAGCAGCUCAAGAGGGUUUGAUCAUGUCUCAGUUGCCACGGUGCUGCUCUUAGCUGCACAAAUCAUUUGUGACCAUUUACUCUGAAGGUUUCUGAGGCCAGCUUUGAUGUAAUAACUCAGUUUUAUCCUAACUGGAGGCUAAUACGAGAGCAGUGCUGCCAAGCUCUGUGCAAAAAAAAAAGGAAAAAAGAUCGUUUUUGUCAGAUGCUGGCAAAUCAUUCCAGGAUGCUGUGGUCUCUGUCGUGACCAAUGAACAAAUGCAGGAGGAAAAGAGCAACAUGGAAUUAUUAACAAGGGCAUUACAGGAUUAGAUACGCCUCCUAAAUUCUUCAGAAAUCCUAAAUAUUUAACUAGUUGAACAACCUCCUCGUCCUUGUUCUUGCCCGCCUCAAUCUGACACAUUCUCUCCUCCGGUCUGUUACAAAGAGGAGGUGCAAAGUAAAUUCCCCAUGUUGGAAUCUGCUGCCUUUUCAGAUGUGUCCUGCUUUCUGCCAUUCCCAUCUCCAUCAACUGUAAAAAACAAAACAAAAAAAAUGGGUCCUUUUUUUUCCAGAUUGCCUCCCUCAUUGUGUUGCAUGCCUGCUCUGUUGUAUGAGGAAGCACACAGCCACUGAACUCCUGAUUCAGGGAGCACUAGCUAUAGUCCUGCCCCUCGUGAAUAAGAUACUGAGUCAGUCUAUUUAACAGUGUUACAAGAGAUGUUUUGUAUGACAUUCUUUAACUUUAUUUGUGGAUAAUUGUUAUUGGUGUGGGAUUUCAUUGCAGAUGCCCUCCCAUAUUUGAGCUUUUUUUUUUCCAGAGUAAAGAAAAUUAAAUCUAAAGUUUAAACAGAA